CUCUCCCUACCCCUCUCUCUUCUUCCUCCAUCCAGGCCGUGCCAGCACCGUCCCCUGUACACGUCCCCCUCACCCAUCACCACCGCCCACCACCAUGGCCUUCAAGAGGAAGUUCGAUGCUGAGUUUGACGACGCUGCCCCCACCAACGCUAAGCAGCUCAAGCUCGUCCCCUUCCCCCAGUCCUCCGACCUCGACUCGGAUGUAGCUAUGUCCGACGCCUCCAUGUCCGACCUCGAGCCCCUCUCCAUCCCGACUCACGUCUACCCCUUCCACGCCCGCCUUCCCUCCAACGCAAGCUACGCCUCUUCGAGUGCGUCCGACUCGCCCCGGAACUCUCUGUUCGACCUCUACCCCAACGAGCCCGACAGCUACAUGGCCGUCUCCUCUCACGGCUUCCCCGACCCCUCACCCACCUCCGAGAAGCCCAUUGGUCUCAUCCAACCGAAGGGCAAUGGCUUCACCCAUCAUGGCCAAACUUGUAACCAGAUUCCGAAGCUCCGCAUGGCCUGUUCUGCCGGCCCCAACGGCCGUCGGUCAAUGUGGGCUCUUUGCGAAGAAUGCGGCGCGAUCGAGAUCGUCGACAGCGAUUAAAGAAGCCUCGGUCCAGCGGUCCUUUCGACGGGCCUUCGACAUUCGGUAACUCCGGCAGGUCGCUGCCAAUUCUCGGCGACAAUGAUUACCACCAUUGAGUGGUAUUCAUAGUGAGGUUGCUCUACUCUGCGUUACCCCCAUCCCUAUCCGUCCUGGCUCCUCUACUUUUUAACUCUGGCGGCACUCUUCGGCCCACGUCUCGCAUCUUCACCCUGCUCUUCCGCCUUUCAGCAAAACGACAACAUCGACCAGUCGCCACCACGCCUUCCCCUCACAUCAUCCUCGACACCCGACCUCUCCCUGACAGUCUUGACUGGUGGUUGUUGUCUGCUCGUCUUCGGUCUGUUUUAUUACCUUCGCAUUCGCAUAUUCCCGUUGCAUUUGUCUCGCUGUUGUCCUGAUGUAUUUAUGCCUGUUGUCAUCACUCGACGGACUCGCGCUACUACCACCCCAAACCCCCCAUCAUCGUCAUACUCAUCGCCCAGUACCGUACUAGAUUUG